GUGCGCCGAGGCCCCGCCGGAGGCGGCCGGGGCUACUGGGGAGGGAUUUCGCUGGCUGGGCUGUGGAGCCCCGUCGGCCCCAGGCCCCGCUGGAUCCCGGAGCUCCUGCGUCCGGAUUUCCUGCCAGCAUGAGCGGCUCCAAGCCCGACAUCCUGUGGGCCCCGCACCAGGCGGAUCGCUUUGUCGUGUGUGACUCGGAGCUGAGCCUCUACCAGGUGGAGCCGGCGGGCAGCUCCGAACUCAAAGCGGGGUCUCUGCGCCUGUCCGAGGACACGGCAGCCACCUUGCUGUCCAUCAACUCGGACACCCCGUACAUGAAGUGCGUGGCCUGGUACCUGAGCUACGACCCCGAGUGCCUGCUGGCCGUGGGCCAGGCCAACGGGCGCGUGGUGCUCACCAGCCUGGGGCAGGACCACAACUCCAAGUUCAGAGACUUGAUCGGGAAAGAGUUUGUUCCCAAGCACGCCCGGCAGUGCAACACCCUGGCCUGGAACCCCCUGGACAGCAGCUGGCUGGCCGCCGGCCUGGACAAGCACCGCGCCGACUUCUCCGUGCUCAUCUGGGACAUCUGCAGCAAGCACAGUCCAGAAGCCGCGGUCCCUCUGGAGAAGGUGAGGCUGUCGGGGGGCGACGCCGAGGCGGGGCUGGUGGUCACCAAGCCCCUCUACGAGCUAGGACAGAAUGAUGCCUGCCUGUCCCUCUGCUGGCUGCCCCGGGACCAGAAGCUGCUGCUGGCCGGCAUGCACCGCAACCUGGCCAUCUUCGACCUGCGUAACACCAGCCAGAAGAUGUUUGUGAACACCAAGGCCGUGCAGGGCGUGACGGUGGACCCCCACUUCCACGACCGCGUGGCCUCUUUCUACGAAGGCCAGGUGGCCAUCUGGGAUCUCCGCAAGUUCGAGAAGCCCGUCCUGACCCUGACGGAGCAGCCCAAGCCCCUCACCAAGGUUGCCUGGUGCCCCACCAGGACGGGGCUGCUGGCCACCCUCACCAGGGACAGUGACAUCAUCAGGCUCUACGACAUGCAGCACACGCCCACGCCCAUCGCAGAUGAGACCGAACCCACCAUCAUCGAGCGCAGCGUGCAGCCGUGCGACAACUACAUCGCCUCCUUUGCCUGGCACCCCACCGGCCAGAACCGCAUGAUUGUGGUGACGCCCAACCGCGCCAUGUCCGACUUCACCGUGUUUGAGCGCAUCUCGCUGGCCUGGAGUCCGGUCACCUCCUUGAUGUGGGCCUGUGGCCGGCACCUCUACGAAUGUGCCGAGGAAGGGAACGACCCUUCUCUGGAGAAGGACAUCGCCACCAAGAUGCGCCUACGGGCCUUGUCCCGCUACGGCCUCGAUACCGAGCAAGUCUGGAGGAACCACGUGCUGGCCGGGAACGAAGACCCGCAGCUGAAGUCGCUCUGGUACACGCUGUACUUCAUGAAGCAGUACACAGAGGAGCUGGACCCCAAAUCCCCAGGCCACAAAGGGUCCCUGGUUUAUGCAGGCAUCAAAACCAUCGUGAAGUCCUCUUUGGGCAUGGCGGAAGGCGGCAGCAGGCACAGCUGGAGCGGGGCGUCUGAGAAGCCAAGCGAGGGCCAGAGUCUGAGCGACGAGAGGGUCUUGGCCCUGCAGCUCUGCGGCUGGAUAACCAAGGGGACCGACGUGGACGUGGGGCCCUUCCUGAACUCCCUCGUGCAGGAGGGAGAAUGGGAGCGAGCCGCCGCCGUGGCCUUGUUCAACCUGGACAUCCGGCGUGCCAUCCAGAUCCUCAACGAGGGGGCCUCUUCUGAGAAAGGCGACCUGAACCUCAAUGUGGUGGCCAUGGCAUUGUCGGGGUACACAGAUGAGAAGAACUCCCUGUGGAGGGAGAUGUGCAGCACCCUGCGCUUACAGCUCAGCGACCCUUAUCUCUGCGUCAUGUUUGCCUUUCUGACCAGCGAGCCCGGCUCUUACGACGGCGUCUUGUAUGAGAAUAAAGUGGCGGUACGAGACAGGGUGGCAUUUGCUUGCAAGUUCCUCAGUGAUGCUCAGUUGAACAGAUACAUUGAAAAGCUGACCAAUGAAAUGAAAGAGGCAGGAAACCUAGAAGGAAUCUUGCUGACGGGGCUGACCAAGGAUGGGGUCGAUUUAAUGGAAAGCUAUGUGGAUAGAACUGGAGACGUCCAGACCGCAAGCUACUGUAUGCUCCAGGGUUCUCCAUUGGAUGUACUCAAAGAUGAGAGGGUCCAGUACUGGAUUGAAAACUAUAGGAAUUUGCUGGAUGCAUGGCGCUUCUGGCACAAGCGGGCAGAAUUUGACAUUCAUAGGAGCAAGCUGGAUCCCAGUUCCAAGCCCUUAGCCCAGGUGUUUGUGAGCUGCAAUUUCUGUGGGAAGUCCAUCUCCUACAGCUGCUCCGCUGUGCCCCACCAGGGCCGGGGUUUCAGCCAGUAUGGCGUGAGCGGCUCCCCGACCAAAUCCAAAGUCACAAGCUGUCCCGGCUGUCGGAAGCCCCUCCCGCGAUGCGCACUCUGCCUCAUCAAUAUGGGGACGCCCGUGUCUAGCUGUCCAGGAGGAUCCAAGUCAGACGAGAAAGUGGACCUCAGCAAGGACAAAAAGCUCGCCCAAUUCAAUAACUGGUUUACUUGGUGCCACAACUGCAGGCACGGGGGUCACGCCGGCCACAUGCUCAGCUGGUUCAGGGACCACGCCGAGUGUCCCGUGUCUGCGUGUUCCUGUAAGUGUAUGCAGUUGGAUACGACAGGGAAUCUUGUCCCAGCAGAGACUGUGCAGCCCUAGACUGUAGCCUUUCGAGGGGGCGGCUUCCUGCUAGGGCUCUCCCACAUCCUGAACACACAGCAAGACACCCCGCGAGUCCCUCGGACCUUCGCCUCAUCCCCUCAAUGGGCCUCCUGCAGUGAGUGACCGGCCCGCUCACUGGCCAAAGCAGUGCAUUUUGGAGAUUCCUGUAGAAACCCAGAAUGCCUCCUGAUCCCAUGACGUAGAAGACCCUUGAACUUGUCCUGGGGAAGCAGGACACGCUUCAUCAAGAUUUCCCAGCAGUGUGGCCAGAAAGCCGGCCUCAUCAAAGUGGCCCCGGGGAAUCUGGUCCCUCCCUCUCCCUUGUCAAUAACCCCCCCCCCCCACACACACACACCUGCAGAAAGGGAUCCGUUGUCCUGGUGGGGGAUGGGUCCCCGUUCACAAGGGCCUUCAUUUCCAGAUGGUGAACGGCAGGGUGGGUAUGCCCUCAGUUCUCUAGGGCAGGAUCGAGAGCCCCCUAUUUAGCACAGGGCCCCAAAGCAGCUUCUCCAGGUGAGGAAGCUCCUGACGGUUCCCUUGGCAGUCCCCUCCACCCCCAUCCACGGUCAUUGUUGAACAUCUGCAGAGCGCCUACUGUGUGCAGCCAGCCCCUGACCUCCCCCUGCCCCCGGCCGCCCUAGGGGGAUGGUCUCCUUCAGAUGCCAACGACCGAAUCAUCUCCUGCUCUGGAACCUCCUGAAAACAGGCAGCUUCUCAGGCCGUAGAGCACAAGAGGGGGAGGAAUCGGCCUCCCCAUGGCUGCUGACGGGCUUUCUCUCCGCUUGGGGCGGGGCCUGGUGAUCAGCCCAGCCGGGGGCGACGAUUUGGUCUCUCGCACAGUUGUGUGUGUGCAGGGGGCACCAUCGGGGUGGGAACUGGCUUAACCAGCCCAGGGCGGCCAAUCACCGCUAGACACUGAGAGUGAAGGGGCGCAGAGUCUCAGACUGUCCAUUGCUGUUACUUUAGCUGCUCCCUGGUGAGGUCAUGAGGUCAUUGUUGCUGAUCAGGUGACCUCAGAAGCCCAGCACCAAAGCCAAGGGACCUGGAGGCAGCUGCGGUGGGGAGGGUCUGGGCU